AUGUCAGACAUCUCUGAACCUCAGCACCUUGGCAUCAUCAGUCAAUGCUAUGAUCAGACGUUCGAAAGUUUCUACCAGCACGACAAGCACCUUGCAAGCACAGGUCAAGGUGCAGUUUCUCUUNCAACUGUUAGGGCUAAUGGCAAAUUAGUCGUCAUCAAGCGUCUGAAAAUUGCUCCCAAUGUGAAGCUUGACAGCGUUCGUGAGCUCAUCAUGCUUGAUCGUGUUCAAAAGCUCGGUCCCCACCCCAACAUUCUUCCUUACCUCCAAAUUUGGAACACGCCUGCUGCUCCUGGUGAGUGUCCAACUAGCAGAAUAAUCCUUCCUUAUAUCUCUGGUGGUGAUAUAGUUAACCUCAAAAGGCAAUUCCAGAAGCUGAACUGCAAGGUUCCUGAAGCUUUCAUCUUUCACGCUUUCAAGCAGAUGGUCACUGGCUUCAGCUUCCUCCAUGAGAACGGGAUCUCUCACCGCGACAUCAAGCCCCAAAACAUCAUGGUCGACCCUGUUAACUUUGGCGAUCCAGCCCUCUUCCCCAAUCUCAAGAUUAUUGACUUCGGUAUCGCUGCAGAGACUACUCAGGACCACGAGACUCUUGACGGAACACCCAAAUGGCAGCCUCCUGAAGCUCCCAUCGCUGGUGCGAAAGCUGAUGUUUUUGCCAUUGGUGCUGUCGUUCACUUCCUCGCAACUGGUUGCGGACCAAAGCCUGAACCUUCUCGUGACGUUCCUGUUGAAAAGAUCACUGACUAUUAUCGCACUGCUCCGCUCAAUAUCCUACGCCUCGUCGAUCCUGGUGAUUACGACUUCGCUGUUGGCUCUUUGUCUCUCUCCGAAGCUCAAGAGUUGACCUUUGGCUCUGGUAAGCCCCUUCCUCGUGGUGUUGGCUACUCCCCUCUUCUUGAGUACUACACUCUUCGUGCUCUUGAUGAUGCCUCGACUAGAAUCACUCUCCCAAGUUUGGCCGGUACUAUGUUUGAUGAUGCUGACAGACAGAUCAACUUCUACAAGGCUUGGUUCGGAGAAUGCAAGGCUGAACGUAGUCAGAGAGCUAUGCUCACCUUCGCUGUCACUGAGCCCUACACUAAUUGGACUCCCGAGCCUGCUAAUUAG